GAAUUCAAAAUAUAUAUUAUAAAAAAAAAAAAAAAUGAUCAAUUGCUAUGGAUUUUUCACAAGCAGUACAAUACAAAAUGUGACCGUCACUUUUUAAAAUAAUGUUCAUUUGGAUAUUCAGAAACAUAUUUUAUUGCUUUGCAAGACGAUCGUACUUUUAAAUAUAACGAACAACGAGACCACGAAACACACACUACAAUGUCACAUUAAAAAGUACACAUUUAUCGCAGUGUUCGCUCGCUCGUGUUUAACGCAUUUAAAAAUGAGUUAAUCGUAAUACAUUACGAUAAGAUAUCUGAUAUUUCAAUUGAUAAAAUCGUAUCUAGAAAUAAUCGAAAAUAUAACAGGUUGAGUGUUAUGGUCGUUUGUAAUCAAGGAUCAUCAAUGUCAAAAAUACGUCCGGUGGACCCCACCGACCACACGAUAUUAUACUAGUCGUGAACUACUGCGCAAAACUAGUACAACUGUGAUGAUACCUAUCUAAUUUGUCAUAGGAAAAAUGUUAUAAACGUUUUCUAUUUAUAUUGUAAAGACUAAAUAAUAUUUUAUACCUGCCCUGGAUACUAUAAUAGUAUAUACACAGAGCACACUACGCAGUAAUAGUUUGUCUGUGUAAUUGUGCGUACGGCUUCAGUGAACUAUGGAGGUGUUGACCACGAAAAGAAAUAAGAAGAAAUUAGUGCACAACGAUUAUUUAUAUUACAAACAAAAAAAUGUGAAAAUUGGUAUCCGGUGGGUGUGUGUUCACAAAGGGUUAUGUGAUGGAUCAGUUACAACUGACGAUGGAAUCAAUUUUGUUUUAAAGUUUGGAGAUCACCAUCAUAAAGGUAACACUGACCUAAUAAAUGCAGAAAGAGCUAAAUGUAUUAUGAAGAACGCAGCAAAACAAAACUACGAUAUACCGUCUCGAAUUUUUGCACUUAAUGUAAUCCCAUUAUCCAACGAAAGUAGACAGUUAAUUCCGAAAGAAGAUUCGAUGAAAAGGACUUUACGGCGUGUCCGUAGCAAUAUUUAUCCUAAAAUUGCAAAAAUAGACGAUAUCAUAUUGGAAGGAACACAGUGGAGUACAACCGGUGGAGAACUCAAUCCAGAACCAUUUUUAUUUUACGACAACAAAAAUAAUAAUAAUCGUAUUAUAAUAUUUUCUUCAAAAACGUGCCGCGAAAUUUUAUCUGAAACUAAAAUAAUUUAUAUGGACGGAACAUUUUCAACUUGUCCUUCUGAAUUUUACCAAGUAUACAUAUUACAUGCAAGCAUAAAUAAUUUAAUAAUUCCUGUGAUGUACGCUUUGCUUCAACGUAAAAAUAAGGACACUUAUAUUGAGUUAUUGUCUGCUAUACGGGAUCAAUUUGUAUCGCUUUCAAUAAUUUCUAUUGAUUUCGAACAAUCUGUAAUACAGGCUAUCAAGGAAGUAUUUCAUGAUGAAGUAUCGGUGCAGUUAUGCUAUUAUCAUUUAAACCAGUCCAUCUGGCGAAAAGUUCAGGACUUAGGUUUGGCUAUAAAAUAUAAAGAAGACAAAAACUUCAGAUCAGCCGUAAAAAUGAUUCCUGCAUUAGCAUUUCUUCCAACCAAUACUGUAAAAAGAGGGAUGUCAAUACUAUUCAAUUCAUUAAAGUCUAUUGAAGAAUUGGACGACAUUUUGGUGUACUUUAAUUCUACAUACGUUAAUGGAACAUACAAAUCUAUUCCUACAGAGUACGGUACGAUUAGGUUAGUUCGACGUCCGCCAAUAUUUUCUCCGUAUAUGUGGAACGUGUAUAAUGCCACGAAAGAAGGUUAUGGUCGAACCAACAACGUGUCUGAAGGGUUUAAUAAUAAAUUUAAAAAUAUUGUAAGAAUUAGACACCCAAACAUUUUUAUUUUUAUCGAGUCCUUACAGAUGUGCAAUGCAUCUGCAGUGACUGCAUUGACAAAAAAAAGAAAUGAAAUUAUAAAUAUGCCAAAAAUAAAUCAUUACAAAGAUAAAAUAAAACAACAUUGUAAUGAAUUUAAAUGUAAUAAUGAUAAUGAUAUUUUAUAUUUUUUGAAAAGAAUAAGUGAUCUAAUAUGAAUAAUUGUGUAAAUGUAUUUGUAUUGUA